AUGGAGGGCACAUUCCUCCCAAACAGACCAGCUCUCCCUCUCCAGUUGACAAAACCUACACAAUCAACCCAACAACAAAGACUCGGAUUCAAUCCAACAACUCUCCCACCACAACCACCGUCGCCGCAAUCUUUCCCCAUUGAUCCUCUCGUCCAGCACCUCAUCCACCUCUCUUCACCGCCACCGACCGCCACCCACAAGCAGAAACCUAUACGAUCAGUAAAAUCAAGUAACACCCACAUCGAAUUCCCUGCUACUCGCAGUUACUCAAAAAAGCAUUCCCCCAAUCGAACACAUUUCAGGAAGCCUUAUUCAAGUUCACUCCUUACCCUUGAAGACCCCAAAGUUCAGUUGGCGGGUAUUGAUGGUGAUGGUGAUGGGUCGCUUGAUUUUCUUUCAAUUGAGUGUAAGUCUAUGCUGGAUUCUAUCUUGGAACAGACUUCAUCCAGUUUACAUUUAUUCUUUUAUUCCGUUAAGUUCAAGUUGAUUGAACUCGAUUUGGUUAGCCUAUUAAAGGGUUUAGAUCGUUCGGGUAACUGGGAAAAAGCCCUUUCUUUGUUCGAAUGGGUACUGGAGGAUUCAAGGACUAAUCAAAGCUUCAAUAUUGACAACCAAAUGAUCGAAUUAAUGGUCAAAAUCUUGGGUAGGGAGUCACAACAUACGAUCAUGUCAAAGCUCUUUGAUAAGUACGGUGUUGGGGAUUAUUCUCUAGAUGUUCGUGCUUUCACUACUAUUAUCCAUUCCCAUUCAUGUACAGGAAAAGUAUGA